AAGAGUCUCGACCUUGGGGCGGCGUGGUGCGUGCGACCGCGGGACUCCAGCAAUGGGUGACGACGCUGCGCCGCAGGCCCCUAGACCGGGGGAGGCUGGGGGUCGCCGCGCGCGCCCUCCCAGCCGCCCCCCACAGACUUGGGCGCCCUCCGCCCACGGAGGGGCAGUGGGAGCGGGCGGACGCGCCCCCGCGGGAGGGCGGGGUCCCAGGCCGGGGCUGCGCGCGGCCUCUCGGGUUCCGGGAGCCCCGGGAUAGAGGAGCAAGCGCGGGGGUCCGGGGCGCACGGUCUCCAGCCCGAGCGGGUGGAGAGGUCAGUGGCGGACCGGGGAGAAGGCAGCCCUGACCAGCGCUGGCCGGACACCGCGCGGUGCCGGGUGGUCAGGACCGGGUCCUGGGAUGGUGCCGCCUGCGCCAGAUCGGCCUCGGGCACGGACUGCACCCCCCAUGCCUCAGUUUACUGGUCUGCGAAGGGAGGGUGAUACUGGUCGGACUUGCUGUGAGGAGUCACAGAGAGAGAGAGAGAGAGAGAGGCAGAGACACAGGCAGAGGGAGAAGCAGGCUCCAUGCACCGGAAGCCCGAUGUGGGAUUCGAUCCCGGGUCUCCAGGAUCGCGCCCUGGGCCAAAGGCAGGCGCCAAACCGCUGCGCCACCCAGGGAUCCCUGUUUGCUCCGGUUUUACAGAAAGGGAAACCGGGGCUCGCUGGGAGGGGCUUGUAAUCGUGGCCCACGGUGAUACGCAGCCGCAGCCGGCAGAGCCCAGGUCUGGCCAGUUCCCCAGCCAACUCCAUAAAGUUCUGCAAAGGAAACCCUCCCCUGGUUUUCCUCACUCAGUGGACCCAGUUUUUCUUUCCUUCCUCUGAGUGUCCCCAGCCCCAUGUCACGCUCUCUCCCGGUCAUCCCCGGGGGGCAGUGUAGGAAGCUAGGAAUCUGAGUCCCCCCGGGGCUGCCCCGAUGCCCCCAGACAUGUUAGGGCACUGAUGGGGGCCUCAGAAAGCACCUGCUUGGCGAUCGAGGGUGGGGCUGUCUUCCAGGUCUGCUCUCAGAACUGAAGCUGGCUGUGCCCUGGGGUCACAUCGCUGCCAAAGCCUGGGGCUCCCAACAGGGCUCCCCAGUUCUUUGCCUGCACGGCUGGCUGGACAAUGCCAACUCCUUUGACAGACUCAUCCCUCUUCUUCCAAAAGACUUCCAUUAUGUUGCCAUGGAUUUCGGGGGACAUGGGCUCUCGUCCCAUUACUACCUUGGUGUCCCGUAUUGCCAGGAAAACUUUGUGAAUGAGAUCGGGAGAGUUGUAGCAGCCUUGAAGUGGAAGCGUUUUUCCCUCCUGAGUCAUAGUUUUGGUGGCAUUAUCGGCGGAAUGUUUUCCUGUAUCUUCCCCGAGAUGGUGGAUAAACUGAUCUUGCUGGACACAUUGCCAUUUAUCAUGGACCCUAAAGGAAUGGAGAACAUGCUGACUUACAGGCGGGGAGCCAUAGAGCACAUGCUGCAGGCAGAGGCCUUCCAGAAGCCCCGGCAAGUGGUCAAGCCAGAGGAGAUGCUGCAGAAAUUCCUGAAGAACAACAAUCACUUGAAUGAGGAGUGUGGGCGACUCCUCCUGCAGAGAGGAACCACGCAGGUGGCCACAGGUCUAAUGAUGAACAGAGACCGGAGGGUUGGUUUGGUGGAGUACAGCGUCCCCUUCCUGACCAGGGAGCUGCUGGUGCACUCCAUCAAGCAGCUGCAGGCCCAGGUCCUGCUUAUCAAAGCAAGCCAAGGCUAUUUUAACGUGGAAAGAGAUGUCACUGACAAGAGUGUCAUGCUUUUGGUGCUAGACACGCUGAGAUCUGUCCUAAAAGAGCAGUUCCAGUUCAUGGAAGUCCCGGGCAACCACUACGUACACCUGAACCAACCCCAGAAUGUGGCUGACAUCAUCAGUGCCUUUCUGCAGAGCAAGGAGAGGCUCCCACACUAGCUGUAGCCUGGACCUGGGGCUUUGGAGGCCUUGUGCCCGUCACUCCCAUCCGGAUUCCAGGUGUGGUGGGUGGGGACACAGGGCAAGAGUCUUUUAACAUGUUGACCUCACGGGGGAGACACUGCUUGAACUUUGGGGUGUUGUCUGUUUUGUGGCUGAUAAUCUGCACCAAGCUGGAGGUGGGCAGAGGAAGGAGUGGCUAGGUGGCUGCCCAGCUGGAUGGAAAAUAAAUGUUCUUGUAUUC